CGCUUUUUUAACCAAACUCAAAUUUAUGAUCUUAAUUGUCCCAUUCUGAUCGAUUGAAAUCAAUGAGCGCUUCACAAAUCAAGGUUGCCUCCCAUCGAUUCUGCUCUCUAGAACAAGAUAGUGUUGACAUGACACUGGAGGAUCAGGAAGAUGCAUGUGGAGAUGCGAGUCUUGAGAAACAUAACUUCUCUAGGGGGCAGAGAGAGAUUAUCCAAGUGAUGAAUGUGAAGAGAAAAAGAGACUUUCUUUGCUUGGAGAAAGUUAAUGGCGAGAUGGUGAACAUACUGGAGGGAAUCGAAUUGCAUACCGAUAUUUUUAGUGCAGCGGAACAGCAAAUGAUAGUUGAAAACGUGUGUGAGCUACAAGAAAAGGCGCGAAAAGGAGAAAUAAAGCGUGCAUUUACUCCUAAAGGAAAAGGACGUUCAGCUAUUCAAUUCGGCUGUUGUUUCAACUACCGAACAAGCAAAGAUGGAAUCCCGGCUGGGAUUCUUAGACAUGAAACUGUUGAUCCAUUACCUUCUCUUUUCAAAGUGAUCAUUAGAAGGUUGGUUAAAUGGCAUGUUCUGCCUCCAACUUGUGUACCUGAUUGUUGUGUCGUCAACAUCUAUGAUGAAGGUGAUUGCAUACCUCCUCAUGUAGAUAAUCACGACUUUCUUCGUCCGUUCUGCACCGUUUCUUUCCUUAGCGAAUGCAGUAUCCUAUUCGGAUCAAACCUCAAACUUGAGGAAAACGGUGAUUAUUCGGGUGGUUCAUACUUAUUACCGCUUCCAGUUGGAUCAGUGCUUGUGCUAAACGGGAAUGGAGCAAAUGUAGCUAAGCAUUGUGUACCUGAAGUUCCCACAAAAAGAAUAUCAAUCACAUUUAGAAAAAUGAACGAGUCAAAACGACCAAUCUGGUUCACACCAGAGCCUGAUUUGCAGUGGAUACAGCCAUUGCCAUUCGAGCUGGAAUCGUCCAGUUCAUCUAACCAUGUUUAUUAGUUUCUGAAAUGUGUAACUUUAUGUAAAUUUCAGUUUGGUUUGUGUUUAUAUAUUAUGUGAAUAAUUGUUUUUUCCACUUUUCUUCAACGAUGUGACUGAACAAUAUGCUCUACGAAAUCAAAUAAACCGAAAAUUUAUACGGA